GUGCAAACGAACUCUCUCCCUUCUGUCUUCCCUUGGUAAAUUUAGUGGCUCAAGUGAGACUCCAUAGCCUGCAAUCGCAAGGAUGAAGACGUCGAUGACAGAGCUCGACGACGAAACGGUGCGCAGCAUGGCCAUUGGCGCCGUUUUCUCGGACUUCGGUGGGAAGAUAAAUUCGCUUGAUUUUCAUCGAAAGGACGAUUUACUAGUUACUGCUAGCGAGGAUGAUUCUGUUCGACUCUAUGACAUUGCAACUGCUAAGUUGAUAAAGACUACAUUUCAUAAGAAACAUGGUGCAGAUCGUAUAUGCUUUACCCAUCACCCAAGUUCUGUUAUAUGCUCUUCAAAACACAAUCUGGAUACCACCGGAGAAUCGCUGCGGUAUCUGUCGAUGUAUGAUAAUCGAUGCCUUCGCUAUUUCAAAGGACAUAAAGAGAGGAUUGUCUCCCUCUGUAUGUCUCCGGUGAAUGAUAGCUUCAUGUCUGGUUCAUUGGACCACACCGUCAGAAUAUGGGAUCUCCGUGUAAAUGCCUGCCAGGGAAUUUUACAUAUGCGUGGUAGACCUACAGUUGCCUAUGAUCAGCAAGGUCUUGUUUUUGCCGUGGCAAUGGAAGGGGGUGCGAUUAAAUUGUUUGACUCACGCUCCUAUGACAAGGGUCCAUUUGACACCUUUUUAGUUGGUGGAGAUACUGCUGAAGUUUGUGAUAUCAAAUUUAGCAACGAUGGCAAAUCAAUGUUAUUGACAACCACAAACAACAAUAUCUAUGUUCUUGAUGCAUAUGGAGGGGAGAAGCGUUGUGGGUACAGUGUGGAACCCUCUCCAAAUGUAAUUAUCGAGGCAACUUUUACCCCAGAUGGCCAGUAUGUGGUGUCAGGCUCUGGAGAUGGAAAUUUGCACGCCUGGAGCAUCAACAACCGAAACGAGGUGGCAUGCUGGGACAGUCACAUCGGAGUUCCGUCAUGCUUGAAGUGGGCUCCUCGCAGAGCCAUGUUUGCCGCCGCAUCAAGCGUUCUCACGUUUUGGAUACCUAAUGAAGCAAACGAGCCUACUCACAUGGAGACCGAAGCUGGUGCUGCCGAUCCCGAGCAUCCUUCCCAGUGAAACCCUUUGGUUUGCCAUAUCACCGGGGCCGAUCCGAUAAAUUCUCAAAUUUUGUAUUGUUUUGUAGGAUAAGAGUACAGUCUAGCAUGUUGUAAUGAGUUUAAACUUUAUGUGACGUUAGUACAUUACCAAUAAAACUUCUUAAUUGUGGUUCCA